AUGUAUCCCCUGCGGGUUUCGAACCCACACGCCUUGGUUUCCCAUGCCAAGGCGCUACCAGGUGGCCGCAUUAACCAUUCGGCCACCGGGGCGAACAUUGAGCUUGCUUUAACUGUGAAUAUCAAAAUCAUGAUGCAAAAGAUUGCACUCAUCUUCAAAGUGAAAGAGAUGUCUAUAUUAGAUGACUCUCUGAAUUCUGUAAAUAUAAAGAAGAAGCAGGCUUCUGAAUGA